AUGCACCCGGACAAAGCCCAUCAGAAUGGAAUGUGUCCGGAGGAAGCAACUAAGAGAUUUCAGCAGAUUCAAGAAGCCUAUUCCGUUCUGUCGGAUGCGCAGGAGAGAGCCUGGUAUGACGCUCACCGAGAACAGAUCCUGAGGGGCGAUGAUGGGCCCGGCGAGGACCCUUUCAAGACGAAGAUCAAUCUCUACAAGUAUUUCAGUGUCUCCUGCUUUGAAGGAUUUGGUGAUGACUCUCAAGGUUUUUUCGCAGUAUACCGCGAGUUGUUUGAGGCAAUUGAUGCAGAGGAGGAACAGUGGGAGGAUGCUGAUGAAGAGCAUGUUGCGAUGCCUCCUUUUGGACGAUCAGAUGCAGAGUGGGCGGACGUCGCUGCAUUCUACAGGAACUGGCUCGAGUUCUGCUCAAGAAAGGCUUUUGGCCACGCAGACCAGUGGAACCCGAAAGAGGCCCAGAACCGCCAAGUUCGGAGAGCAAUGGAGCAGGAAAACAAGAAGGCAAGACAGGCAGCGAAAAAGGAAUUCAAUGCAGAAGUCCGGCAACUCGUGAAGUUUGUUCAGAAACGAGACCCUAGAGUGCUUGCACACCAGAAGCAGCAGAUGAAGGAGAACAUCGAAAAGAAUCAAAGAGACCGUGCACAAAAAGACAAGCAGAAGGCUGAUCAGGUAAAGGAGCGAGAAGAGCGAAAAGCUGCUGCCAGACAAGCAGAGGAGGAGCGCUGGGCUGAAACAAAGGCCAGAAAGGAGGAGCAGCGAGCACGAGGGGAGAUUGUAAGUGAGGAGGAGGAGGAGGAAAGCGAGGACGAGGAGCAGGUUGAGUACUACUGCGAGCCAUGUCGCAAGAGCUUCAAAUCCGAGAAGGCUUUCGACCAGCAUGCGAAGAGCAAAAAGCACUUGCAGGUUGUUGCGAAGCUAAGAAAGGAGUUGGACAAGGAGAUGGAGGCAGAAGCCAAAAAGGAAAAAGUGGAAGAAAGUGACGAAGAAGAUGAAGAAGAAGGACCUGUGAAACCAGAGACACUUCAUCCAAAGCAUGAAAAAUCUGCAGCCAAAGCGCCAGAGCCAGAGAUUGAAGAGAUCGAAGUGCAAAAAGAUGGGCAAGUGCAGGACGAUGAAUCAAAAAGUGAAAGUCAAAGCGAUGAGGAUGAUUUUCUCGCUCGUUUUGCCGCCCGGAAAAGCAAUGCCGGACAAGGCUAUCCUGCACGCGCUGAUCCUCCACCUGUUGAGGAAGAUUCAGACGGAGAGGAAGAAGCAACGGAUGACAUUCGGGGUCGCAGGGCCCAGAAGAGGGAGCAACAGAUGGCUGCAGCCUUGCAGCGCAGACAGGAGCGCAGCACUGCGUCCCAAGAAGUUUGGAGUCAAUGGCAGCUGCUUGAUGCAAGAGAGGUGAGUUUUUGCCAACAAGCUGCACGGCUCAAUGUAGCCCUGGUGAGCUGCGCGAAGAUUUUGCCUCAUUUUGCUGCCAUGCCGGUAGCAGACAUCGAAUAUCGGGAAUACUUCACCCCAGAGAAGAUCGCAGAUCUCAAAGAGACCUUCGAGAGCUUUGACAGCUCUGGCGAUGGGCGCAUUGGCGCUGAUGAGUUGUAUGGCAUGUUCAAGAAACUUGGCAAGAAUUUGACACGGUCACAGAUCCGUGAAGUCAUGCGGGAAGUUGAUGCAGAUGGAAGUGGAGAAAUUGAGUUUGAAGAGCUAUGCAUUUUGGAGAUCAAGAUGGCUCGUUUGAGGCCGAGGACAGAUCUCAUUAGCUACACCGAUUACUUAGACCCUAAGUCGAUUCAACAGCUUGAAGACAUGUUUGACCGUAUGGACACUGAAUGUCGUGGUCGAAUCUCUAUUCUGGACAUGAAGAGCCUGUUGGAGGCACAAGGCAUACAAGGCGUACAAGGCAAGGUGUCAGAGGAUGAGAUUGAUGAAAUUAUUUCAGAGGUGGAGCAGGGAGGAGAAUUAGAAUUCGAAGCUUUUGCAGCCGCUUGGGCAAUUGUCAACAAGGCCCGGAAAAGGAUCAACUACCGCGAAUUCCUGGACAAAGAAGAAGUUGAGGAAUUGAAAACUUUAUUUGAUGAUGCUACCCUAGGUUCAGGCUACAUGGCUGUGAACGAACUGGAUCAUCUGUUCCGAAGACUUGGCUUCGCAAUGAAGACCAAGCAGCUUCGAGGCCUGCUUCGGGACUUUGACUGCGAUGGCUCUGGAGAGAUUGAUUUUGAAGAGUUUUGCGUGAUGAUGCUUCGGUUGAAAUGCUCUAAGCCUGUGCGGCAAAUUUCACCUGAAAACUCUGACUGUCGCACGCUUUGGCUGGAGGAAGACUUCAGUGCAAAAGAGCUCCAGCGAUCAGGUUAUGGCAUCGCUCAUAUGAAGGCUGCAGGAAUCCCAGUCCGACAGAUUUUGACGGCUGAUGUGACUGCACUGGAACUGCGAAAAAGUGGAUUUUCAGCUUCGGAACUGAGAAAGGCUGGUAUGGGGGCGAAUGAACUUCGAGCUGCUGGAUUCAGUUUGGCCGAACUUCGCUUGGCUGGUUUUUCUCAUGCAGUCUUAGCCCAAACGAACAAAGUCUUGCGCUCCUACAUUUGCCGAGGCAAUUUGUCAAUUCUGCCCCAGUUGAAUCCCAAGUGCGAUCCAAAAAGGAUGAAAAUCAUCCCACCUUUUGUGAAACUGUGGUCUGGCACCUGUGCUGAAGUUCCAAAGCAGAUGACUCCAAGAAUUCGGGAGCAUACUGACUACGUUCCAAGAUCGACGCGACCUUACUCUUCUGGUGAUUUCGGGACGAAGUCGUGGGAAGUGGAUUGUCUCAGUUUGAGACGUCCAAUGACAGCAGCCUGACAGCAGUACAUUUUCGUAGAAUGAGACUUUCAUUAGCGACUUGUCUAACCUCCGAGAGUGCGAUACCUUGCACAACUACAGGACUCAACUUUAUAGUAACAUGCGGGCGAGAAAAUGGUCACCCCGCGAGUGUACAUCUAGGUUUCACUUGGUUUCACCCUGUUUUUUACUCCUGAAACAAGGAGCAAAGUUCCUUGCCAGAGAAAUCAGGCAAUCUGUAUAGCCAAAUACGCAGUGUAUCCGGAUUGGCUUUGCAUUCAAAGUUUCACGUCGGUUCACCAGUUACGAAGAUUUCACAUAGUACAGGAUGCUUGGCCGAAGGCUGCAGAAAA